GCUCUCAGAGAGCACCGCCGGCUUUACGCAGGCCACACAUCGACCGCGUGGUUGUAUGCGACGCGGGAGCAUGCCUCAAGGGCUGCCCGCUAAGCCAGCGCCUCCAGGGGCAGCACAAGAAGCUCCUCUCUCUGAGGAAGACAUCCUCCGCAACAUCCGUGAGGCCAUCCGCGACGCGGAGGCGAACCCCGGCGGCAGGAAACGGAGGGUGGCCGAAAUAUAUGGAGAAUGCCCGGGCUGCAAAGAUAUGAAAUCUCUGAGGCGUUUACCCCCUAACUUUUGCCGCCAAUGCCGUGGUAGCGCGUUGCAGCGCCCUGAACGGCGCGCACAUCGACGACCCCGCCGCCCCUCGCAGGGAAGAACGAGGACUACAGCACGUCCGAAGAAGGCCAAGCCGAGCGACGGCAGCAGAGGGAGAAGAUAGGGCCGCACCAGCGCCGUCAGGCGCUGCUCGGAGUGAAACGCCGCGAAGACGCGGACGCCGAGGAGCUGGAAUUACGGGAGCGCUACGAGAUGAAGCUUCUGCCGCCCUCCAAGGAUCAACCCGAUGUGGAGUUCGUCCACCAGCAACGUCACUUGACUCGCUGGCAUCGCGAAGCUUGCGAACAAGGCGAGCUGCCGAGGUGCGGCGUGCUCCAGUUCAUGUGUGGCGGGGGCACGUUUGGCAGCCAGCUCAAGGGACGGCGGUGGCAGCACCUAUGGGGUAAUGACAACGCGCAAAAAAAAUACGAGAGGACGACCAAGAGGAGAAAGAAGAAAUUAGUUCAUAUAUAUGAAGAAUCCUUCCUGCUUAAUAACGACGACGCGGCCUACGUCCACGGCGAUAUGCUGAAGAUGACCAGGGCCAAGUUCCGAAGCAAGCUCGACGAACACGAAGAGAGGACAAACUUAAAGUCGGGGCUCCUGCUGAUCAUCAUUACGCUGUGCUGUUCCCGAGCGUCGCCCGCCAGCGAAACGGAACGAGAAGAAGCAGAGGAGUGGUACGAGGACGCUAUACGAAAGUCAAAAGAAUUCAUAUUAGAGGCGGAGAAGGACCACAAGGUCUUUGUAGUCCAGGAAUUCCUGAACAAGGAUUGGGUUUUGGACAUCAUCAAGAGGGAGCUGCCGGACGCGAGAAUCGUGACGAUCGGCGGCCACAUCCACGAGGACCGGAAGAGAGCCUACGUCUUCCAGCGGGCCGAGGGCGUUCCCGAGUUGUUCAUGGAGGAGGUGCGGAACCGCAUCGACGCCUACGGCCGGAAGUCGGUCGCCGAGGCGCUGGAAGAUAUUGGCGUCGCGGUACCGCCCUUCACGAGGGUGGCGCAGGGCUGCUGGACGAAGAAAGAGCGUCGGGAUCAGAAGAAGGGCCGGGACCCGCGACGCGAGCGCGUUACGACGAUUUGUAAAAACAACCUCGUGAUGCAGUACUACAAAUCUGCUAAAGCGACGCGGCCGUUCCGCGAAGAGCGCCUGGAACCCGAGGCGGUCCUGCACCUGCGCUCGCCCGGCGGCGACUACAAGUACGUGUUCCCCAAGUUCGAAUUAAUAACAAGGAAGCGGGCCAUCCUCGGCAUGGGCGUGUCGCUCAUCAUCGGCUCGGCCGUGCGCGCCGCCUUCGAGCGAUACUUCGAGCCGGAUCUGGAGCUUCGGGAGGGGGGGUCGGUGUCGGGGAGGAGCUAG